AUGGCUUCUAAUAUCACCAUGGAGCAUGUUGAGUCUCAAAGGGGUAGGAAUGCUAUUCUUUCUCAAUGGGGAGGCAAGAAGGUCCGUUCUUCAAGUGAGCCUAAAGUGGUUCCAAAGGAUAGAACAAGACAAGGAGACCUCGGGGCUCAUGUGUUAGGAGAACUAGAUGCUUUCAAAGAAAGCAUGCUCCAAAUCGAAGAAAAGCUUGAGAAUUCCUUGAAGCUAUUUGAGGAAGUUCGAGUUGGGUUCGAGAAGGCAAAAUCUCGACCAACCAUUAUAAGGGAGACGACAAAGAUUGAUCUCCCAAAGCCAAAGGAGUUCAAGGGCGUGAGGGACGCUCGAGAUGUGGAGAACUUCCUAUGGCAAAUGGAGAGGUACUUUGAAGGCCAAGGGGUGGUCGAAGAAGCAAUAAAGGUACGCACUACAGCUCUCUAUCUUUCUGAUAAUGCUACUUUGUGGUGGAGGAGAAAGUGCGUAGAUAUGGAGAAGGGUACUUGCAACAUAACCACAUGGAAAGAUUUCAAAAGGGAGUUGAAAAGACAAUUCUUCCCUAAGAAUGUGGUUUAUAAAGCAAGGAAGAAGUUGAGGGAGUUGAAGCACAAGAGUACGAUUAGCGACUACCUAAAGGAGUUUACUACUCUCACACUUCAAAUCCCCAACUUAGCAUCAGAGGAUGCAUUGUUCUUCUUCAUUGAUGGACUCCAACCUUGGGCAAAGCAAGAACUACAAAGAAGGAAUGUUAAGGAUGUCGAUGAGGCCAUCGUGGUGGCCGAAUCACUCAUUGAGUAUCAUAGGGGAGACUCUAAACCCAACUCUUCUUCCAAGCCUAGUUCUACUAAAGGGACUUUGGCAUCUAUCGUCGAGGAACGAGAGGCCCAAACUCAAGUAACUGAAUGUGUUGGAUCCAUCCAACACAUAAAUGCUGUGAAGGGCAAAGAGGCAAGCACUGCAGAAAAGAAAGGCUUGAUGUAUGUCAAAGCCUUUAUCAAUGAAAAACCUGUCAUGGCUAUGAUCGACACUGGUGCUACACACAACUUCAUCACGCCUGAUGAAGCAAAGAGACUUGGGUUGAAGAUCACCGAAAAGAAUGGCUGGUUCAAACCCGUGAAUACCAAGGGUGAACCCCUUAAGGGAGUAGCAAAAAAGGUUGAGAUGACUCUUGGUUCUUGGAAGGGCCUUGUGGAUUUCUCAGUAGCACCCAUGGACGAUUUUAAAAUAGUCAUCGGGCUCGAUUUUCAAAGGAAGGAAAAUAUAAUACCUAUGCCAUACUACGAUGUGAUAUGCAUCAUGGAGAAAGGGUCUCCAUGCAUGGUCCCUACAAUCCCUAAAGUUGGCGGACCACCGAUACUGUCUGCUAUGCAACUCAAGAAAGGGUUCAAGAAGGGAGAGAUUACAUAUUUGACUCUAUUGCAAGAGGAGUCAACAUCCGAAAGAGAAGACGUUCCUCCCAAAAUCAAGGAAGUCCUUGAAGAAAAUAAGGAUGUGAUGCCUCCCGAGUUGCCAAAACAACUACCACCUAGGAGGAAGGUGGACCACAAGAUUGAAUUGGAGACAGGAGCAAAGCUGCCCGCCUCAACACCUUAUAGGAUGGCACCGCCAGAACUCGAGGAGUUGAAGAAGCAACUCAAGGAUUUGCUAGAUGUUGGGUUCAUCCGUCCAUCAAAGGCACCUUAUGGCGCACCAGUCUUAUUUCAAAAGAAGCAUGAUGGUUCAUUGAGACUAUGCAUCGACUAUCGAGCACUGAACAAGGUUACCAUCAAGAACAAAUACCCAAUUCCUUUGAUAGCCGAUUUGUUUGAUCAACUUGGUAGAGCCAAGUGGUUUUCAAAGCUAUAUUUGAGGUCAGGAUAUCACCAAGUGAGAAUUGCGGAUGGUGAUGAGCCUAAGACCACGUGUGUCACGAGGUAUGGAUCGUAUGAGUGGUUGGUGAUGCCUUUUGGCUUGAUCAAUGCUCCUGCGACCUUCUGUACCUUGAUGAACGAGAUCUUUCGACUUUACCUUGAUUGGUUUAUAGUGGUCUGCUUGGAUAACAUCGUUGUCUAUAGCAAUACUUUGGAGGAACAUGAAAAGUGUUCCUUUGCAAGGGACGAAGUCCACUUCUUGGGACACAUCAUUAAAGGUGGAACUCUCUGCAUAGAUCAAGGAAAGGUGAAGGCUAUCAAAGAGUGGGAGCCACCAAACAAAGUAUCUGAAUUGAGGUCAUUUCUUGGAUUGGCUAAUUACUAUCGGAGGUUUAUCAAGGGAUACUCCACCAAGGCUGCACCAUUAACUGAUCUUCUCAAGAAGAAUCACUCUUGGAAAUGGUCAAAGGAGUGUCAAAAGGCUUUUGAUGAGUUGAAGGCUGCUAUCACAGAAGGACCAGUACUAGCACUAUCCGACUACUUAAAGGUGUUUGAAGUCCACACUGAUGCUUCUGACUACGCUAUUGGAGGAGUUCUGAUGCAAGAAGGACAUCCUAUUGCCUUUGAGAGUCGCAAGUUGAAUGAUACAGAUAGGCGAUACACUGUCCAAGAGAAGGAGAUGACCGCGGUGGUGCACUGCAAGACUAAUGUGGUAGCAGAUGCGCUGAGUCGCAAGGCUGAGUUGGCAGCCAUUUAUAUGGUUGAAGGAGAUAUUGUGCAUACCAUCAAAGAAGGGUUGCAUCACGAUCCAUUAGCCAAGAAGUUGGUGGAGUUGGCUAGAGAAGGGAAGAGCCCUGGAGCUUAUCAUAUGAUUAAGUCAUGGGAAGAACAAGCAGAUGUUACUCGUUCUUACCUCGACAAAGCUGCAAAGAGGAUGAAGAAAUGGGCAGAUAAGAAGAGGAGGCAUACAAGCUAUCAAGUGAGAGAUAAGGUAAUGAUUAAACUUCUUCCACAACAAUUCAAAGCCUUUCGCAAGGUUCAUAAGGGUUUAAUCCGCAAAUACGAAGGGCCAUUUGAGAUCAUUGGACGUAUUGGGGAGGUUGCUUACAAAGUACAACUCCCUCCCUCUAUGAAGAUCCACCCGGUCUUCCAUGUGAGUAUGCUUAAACCAUAUCAUGAAGACCAAGACGAACCAAGUAGAGGUAACUCGAGUCGUGCUCUGCCCGUGGUGAUUAGAUCCUUUGAAAAAAAAUCGAAGAGAUCUUAG